AUGUACUCACAACACCCCGCAAUGGCCGCGCCUCAAAAACCCGAGACCUUCAUGCUGAGCACGGAGGCUCAGCAGGCGCUUCCCCACGAUGCGCAAGUCGCCCUCCAGCAGGUUGACAACCUCAAAUACUUCCUCAUCUCUGCCCCCGUCGACUGGCAACAAGACCAGUAUAUUCGCCGCUUUCUGCUCCCUACCGGCGAAUACGUCUCUUGUGUCCUCUGGAACACUCUCUUUCACAUCUCGGGUACCGACAUUGUUCGCUGCCUGUCCUUCAGAUUCCAGGCUUUUGGCCGUCCCGUAAAGAACUCCAAAAAGUUCGAAGAGGGCAUCUUUUCUGACCUGCGAAACCUCAAGUCCGGCACCGACGCCUCCCUUGAAGAGCCCAAGAGCCAGUUUCUCGACUUUCUCUACAAGAACAACUGUAUCCGCACCCAAAAGAAGCAAAAAGUCUUUUACUGGUAUAGCGUCCCUCACGAUCGCCUGUUCCUCGAUGCUCUCGAGCGCGAUCUUAAGAGAGAAAAGAUGGGCCAAGAAGCUACCACUGUCGCUGUUAGCGAGCCUGCCUUGUCUUUCCAGUACGACUCGUCCCAGUCUCUCUACGAGCAGUUGACCAAGACUCAGCAAGUCAACUCCUCGUCUUUCAACGCCCAGCACUCUUCGUUUCCCCAAACCCAGUCGGCUUCCCCCAUCAUCAAGGCCAUGGAGGCUAUGCCUCCUCCCAACAUGAUGCCCCAGACCAUGGGCCACAUGCCCGAUACCAUGGACCCAAUGGGCGCCUACGACACUGUCAGCAUGGCCCCCGUUCCUCCUCCCCAGGUCGCUGCUGUCAAGCGCGAGCCCGACUUUACUCGAGUCCAGUACAAUCAGAACGGUAUUCCCGUCCAUGGUCACCAGCGUCACGCUUCCAUGCCGGCCUAUGGCCUCGAGUACUCGCCUGCUCCCUCUUUUGUCUCUUCCCAGUAUGACGACUACGGCAACCGUGGACUGUCUUUUGAGCCCAUCACCCCUCCCCAGCAGGCUCUUGGAGUCUCUGCCGAACCUGCUUAUAUCGCCAACGAAGAGACUGGCCUCUACCCCUCCAUGUCUGACCAUCACCUCUCUGGCAUGAACGGUAUGAACGGCAUGGUCCAGCUCCCUCCUUCGACCAUGGCUGGCCACCAGUACAACCGCCCCUACGGGAGCAACAAUGUUUACUCAGUCAUUGAAGGCUCACCCACGUACAAGCAAAGACGGCGCCGCUCUUCCAUUCCUCCCGGCAUGUCAGCUAUUGCCGCCCCUCCUUCGUCAAACCCCAAUGUCCCUCACAGACCUUCUGACCUUCGUCGAUCCGUCUCCGUCUCCGUGGGCCCCGUUGCCGAAGGCGACGAGUCCGAUGAUCACUCCCCCCCCGGUCUUUCGUUUAGCAACGGUAUGUCCAUGCACAAGUCAAAGCCUCAUGACGACAUGUCGAGACAUGGCACCCCACUCUCGAACGUCGAGUCCCACUCAGGCCUCAACCCUCUUGCUCUUCAGCAAAGCUUUGGAAGUGAUGACAUGUCUGGCAACGGUUCUUUCCACGAGCAUCGCAGAGCCCUCUCCAACCCCGCUGGUGUCAUUCGUCGCGCUCGCUCUGCCACUGUCAUGGAGCUUGGGCCGUACCCCCACAAGUCGCACUCUUGCCCAAUUCCCACCUGCGGUCGCCUCUUCAAGCGUUUAGAACACCUCAAGCGCCAUGUUCGUACACACACACAGGAAAAGCCCUAUGUCUGCCCCCAGUGCAACAAAGCCUUUUCCCGCUCAGACAAUCUGGCGCAGCACAAGCGCACGCACAGCCGCGAAGAUGGCGCCGAGGGCUCUCUCAACCUUUCUGCGGAAGAGGAAGAGGAAUACUCCGGCGAGGAGCCCUUGGGCUCCCUUGAAGAGGCUUCUCCCUCAUCAGAGAUGGCUUACAUCACCGGUUCCCUGAAUGGUGAGAUCAACCAAAACGGCAUGGCUCGUCCUUCCAUGUCCAAUACGCAGUACAGCAACAGCCUAGACGCCUUGAGGCUGCCUAUGACAAUCAGCCAGCCAUCAAUUAUUUAA